AUGGCUGAUAUGACCAUCGCCCCAAAUCCGAAUAACGAAUACGCCAAAGCUUCAAGCACCGCUGCACAAUAUAUUACCGAGUUAUGUAACGAAGUCCUUGAUUCUACCAAACUGAAGAGUGGAAAACCUGACUUGGAGCCUAGAUGGAUGGAAGUAGUGUCUGACGAAUCUAUUGGCUUACGCGUGUCUGGUGGUAGUGUCGAUGUCUACUUGCGACUCCUCAAAGACGAGUCACUGUCGUCCGAUCAAGCACGAUUGAGAAUGUUAAAUCGUCAACGCCCUAACGUUGCAUCUGAAGUCACGAGUCAGCCAUGGAAUACCAAACUCGCCAGUAGUGCUGAUGUCAUAGUGGAAGAACCAAAAGGAAGUGGACGCGGGCUGGAUUACAGUUCAGGAAGAACUCUGGCAACAGUAACCACUCGAAAACCUGUAUCACCCAUACUUGAACCAGGGCGUAUCAAGCCGACGACCAUGGUUCAUAACUCGGCUGUCAAUCGUGAACUGCUGAAUAAUCGGUCGAGGCCUGAUAUGGACUCAUAUCUGGCUGAUGAUGGUCAAGAGGCUAUUGAUCUCGCAGAAAAAGACAAGUACCGAAUCAUUUUCACGGACUUGCAAAUGCCUACAGUUGAUGGCUGGCAAGCUAUCGCUCAAAUCCGUAACAAGCCCUCAAUACCGAAACACCCAUUGUCAUUACACAGCUUAUACUGUGACAGACCGUUUCGUGCGGCAAAUUAA